UGUCAGCGCGAGUCUCUCAAGCCGAAGGUAUAUUUCCGCUCCGGAGCAACAUGUCCGUGGGAGAGUGCACCAUGAAGGCCAGCCAUCACCGGGUGGACCACCUUCUCAGCGCCGUGGAGAGCGAGCUGCAGGCCGGCAGCGAGAAGGGAGACCCCACGGAGAGAGAGCUGAAGCUGUGCCUGGAUGACAACGAGCUCUGGACGAAAUUUAAGGAGCUAACCAAUGAAAUGAUUGUGACCAAAAACGGCAGGAGAAUGUUUCCGGUGUUGAAAGUGAACGUCUCCGGCUUGGACCCAAACGCCAUGUACUCCUUCCUACUGGACUUCGUCUCGGCGGACAACCACAGGUGGAAAUACGUGAAUGGAGAGUGGGUCCCCGGGGGGAAACCCGAGCCACAGACCCCCAGUUGCGUCUACAUCCACCCGGACUCUCCAAACUUCGGAGCGCACUGGAUGAAAGCCCCGGUCUCUUUUAGCAAAGUGAAACUCACGAAUAAACUGAACGGAGGAGGCCAGAUUAUGCUUAACUCUUUGCACAAGUACGAGCCACGGAUCCACAUUGUGCGAGUGGGAGGCCCGCGGAGGAUGAUCACGACUCAUUCUUUCCAAGAGACGCAGUUUAUCGCGGUCACAGCUUAUCAAAAUGAGGAGAUAACAGCUCUUAAAAUCAAAUACAACCCUUUUGCCAAAGCAUUCUUGGAUGCCAAAGAGAGAGGGGAUGAGAAGGAGAUCAAAGAAGACCCUCACGAAAAUCAUCAGUCGUACUCUCAAUUAGGUGGUUGGUUCAUCCCUGGUUCGGCCCCUCUCUGCCCUACUGCAGCGCCACACACUCAGUUUGGGAGUCCUCUGUCUCUGUCACCGUCCCACGGCUGCGAGCGCUACUCCUCGCUGAAGAACAAUCGCACUGCACCAUACAGCAACCCGUACGCCCAUCGGACCAACUCUCCCACUGGUUACCACGACAACUCCUCAGCUUGUCUGCCCAUGUUUCCGAGCCAUGACUCCUGGUCCGGUCUGCAAAUGCCAACACACACUAGUAUGAUGCCCAUGACCCACAACACCAGUACAGGAAACAGCACCAGUCAGUACACCAGCCUGUGGUCGGUGAGCAACGCCCCUCUGACUCCGGUGUCUCAGCCCGGGGGAAUGAACGGCAGCCUGAGCUCACAGUUCCUGCGGGGAUCCGGCAACCACUACUCCAGCCUGUCCCACUCCGUGACGGCGCCCUCUGCUGGCUCUCCCUUGUAUGACUGCAACACCGCCACAGACGUGCACGACGCAGCGCAGUACGACACGUCACUGCACGUGAGGACGUCACCAGGCUGGUCCUCCAUCAGCCCCACGUCUUUAUGAUCAACCCGCCAUCCGCUGCAACAGGACAAUCAGUGAUUUAAAACACGAUUCCUAUGCAAUUUAUUUAUGAUAUUUGUACCGGAGCAUUUUAACAUGUUGAUGGGAAACAGGAGAUGAAAAAUAACAAGACAUUUUCUUUUUAUUAUUUAUGACUGUCAGAUGUUUUAAUUUCACACAUGAGAUUUUCUUGUCAGUUUCAAUUGUGCUUAUAUUAAGCAUUG